UAUAACUUCUUUUUCCUUUCAUAUUCUAUCAAAGUAUUCAAUCACCAAAUGCACGAUCGGAGGAAUUUAAUCGGCCUACAGAAGAUAUGAAUUAAAUAUUUGAUUUAGAGACCAUUGAAACUGGGGUGAUUUUUAAACACAAAUACUAAAUAACAUCCACACACUCAUUGUACGACAGACGCGCAACUGUCUCGCGGAUUUAUAUUUUGUUGUUAACUAAUGGACAAGACUUUCCGCGUCAGAAACUCUUAAUGUCGAGUUUAUUGACAUAUGAAUUCAAACUGACGCGAGAGCGACUACAGGAUUACAUAUUUAUUAUUUGCAGUAAAAUGAAUAGAUAUCUAUCCACCCUCAGAUUUUAAAUGAAUCGGGUGAAUACGUGGAGUUUAAUACGAGAUCGAAGGAACACCACGACAGAAGAUGAACAGUUUUUAAAAUUGGUUGAAUUAAAUAGAAAACCCUAUGUCAGCCCCAGCGUUAACAAGGUCUGCUUCAGACAUGGACUUCAAAAAGUCCGGAAUAGACUGGAGUGAGACUUACCUGGAAAACGAUCAGCUGGACUCUCAACUGGAAAGCAGGAUCCACCAGAUCCACAAGGCGAAGUACAAGGCCACGAUUGACAGUGAUUAUAGCCUAAAGGAGGCCCGGCGUCAAGCCGAAGAAAUUCAACAGCUAAGUAAUGCCAUCAAAAAGAAAGAUCGUCCGAACAGUGUCAAAUUGUACGAAUCUAGCAAUAAAUCUGGAUCCUUUUCAAAAUCUCGUGGAACCUCAGCUGUAAUGAGAGAAACUAUUUCAGAGAAAGAGGAAAUGGAUGCAAAUAAAAAUGAGAUGUCUGAUUCAAAAAAUGAGAACUUUGACUCCAAGCAGAGUAGAGUGUCAAACGAGGAGGAAGAAAGAAGUACAGACGCAAAUAAUUCCAAUGAAGGAUCAGAGGAUGAAAUAAAACUAAGACCUAUUAAUGUGGCCAUGUUUAAAUUAUCAUUAAGGAGAUUUAACUCUAAUAAACAGAACAAUUCCCCUUCUAAUGAACUUCAUCGCCAGUCAAUGUCCAUUUCAAACAUUCGACAAACCCAGUCAGCAGCACCAUCCAACAUACGAGAUCGCGCGAGAAAUAUACGAGAUUUAAAGAGAUCUGGCGGUAGAACGAGACGUCCUAUGACAUCAAAGUUAAGACAGCUAAAAGAUGGCGAGGUUCUAGAGGCAAUGGAUAUUCAUCCUGUCGUAGUGUUUGGUGUUAAUGCGCGGAAAAUGAAAGAGACAAAAUCUAGACGAGAAUUAGAGGAAAUGAGCAAAAUUCAACACGAAGAGAAAUUUGGCAAACCCGACAAAGAGAAAGAGGAGAGAAAAUUGAAAAUGGCCGCUUGGGCUAAAGGCGACGGGUCUUUAGAGAACAAGAUUCGUAAUUUCAUCACAGACAUAGAAGAUUUUAAACGUCGAUCAAAAGGUUCAGACAAUAUUUUGCUUUCGUAUCGAAGAACAAAUUCAGUAUUAUAGAAUGAAUUUUUUAAUUUCAGUUAUGCACUCUUUGUAUUUUGAAAUUACCACGAUUUUGCAGUUUUCUGAGGCAUUUUCCUAAUUUUAUAUUAU